CCGGGCGAUAGCAUAGGCUUAAAGCAAAUGUUCAUUUAAACGCGUCCACAGUGAUAGACAGGUAGGCCAUUUUAAUAUGAAUGUAUCACACAUCUAUAAGGUGUUCUGGGUGCUUUUUAGUUCAUCAGUCUCAUUCCAACAUAAAUCGGAAAUAUUUUGGAUGCUGAAGAUGAAGGAGCAGAUUGGUUGAUGGUCAAGCCCAUGCAGCCUGCACGCCAACCUGCAGGUCUGUCUGAGGACAUCGAGGCUCGGAAGGGAUUAAUCAUCGCAAACCCUUUCCAACACGCUUCACUCUGCCUGUAGUCCAAAUUACAUAAUCGUGUUAUACAAUAAAUACAUCUCUGGUCAAACAGUGUCAUCUACUAUCAAGUUUAUCAACACGCUGGGAAGCUAAGAUUGCGUCGUGAGGGUGGCGUGGUAUCCUCGUCUGCCCCCAACUGACUCUACUGGUUGCACUUCUUAUCAUCUGUUUCUCCUCCCUCCUCCUCCUCCUCCUCCCCCUCUUCCGUCUGUUUCUGUAAACCGGGGGAAAUAACAGUCAAGGUUGAGAGUUGCAGAAGACGCGCCCACUCUUGGCGACGUAGCGCACUUCUUGGAAAAGAGAAGACCUGCUUUUAUCCAGGCACGACUGAGCAUCCAGAACCGAAGAGUCCUGCAUGGGAAGGACACGGCUAUUCUCUGCCCUUUAACUUUUUUUUUUUCCUCCCCUUAAUAAUUGCCCAGAGAUGGCUCUUCAUAGAAUCUUUCGUGCUGUUGUUACGGGACCUCCUGGCUCGGGGAAGGGGACAGUGUCUUCGCGCAUCACCAAAACUUUUGGACUUAAACAUAUUUCUAGUGGGGACAUUUUGAGAGCCAAUAUCAACGCCAGAACCGAGCUCGGCCUGCUUAUGAAGUCCUGUAUCGAUCAGGGUCAGCUGAUACCCGAUGAUGUCAUGUCUCGUCUCAUCCUGAGCGACUUGAGAGCGACAGACCAGAGCAGCUGGCUGCUUGAUGGUUUUCCUCGCACAGUGACACAGGCAGAGGCUCUAGAUGACACCUGCAGUGUGGACACAGUCAUCAACCUUAAUGUACCUUUCCAGACCAUCAAACAGCGGCUCACAUCUCGGUGGACUCACCUUUCCAGCGGCAGAGUCUACAACAUAGAUUUCAACCCGCCUAAAGUCCCUGGUUUGGAUGAUGUAACGGGGGAGCCUCUCGUCCAGAGGGAUGACGACACACCAGAGACAGUCACACACAGACUGAAGGCCUAUGAAACCCAGACAGAGCCUGUCUUAGAGUACUACAGAAGUAAAGGUGUACUUCAGACCUUUUCUGGGACAGAGACCAACAAAAUCUGGCCACUCGUUGAGGCGUUUCUCCACCGAAAACUCCAGCUCGUCAACCAGAAGGUUGCAUAGAAAGCCUGAACACAACGGCACAAGAAGGGUUAAAGUUUACCAGCAGAAACCACGCUGUACUUAAUGAUCGACCAGGUGCCACUUCCUGUUAAACAAAGGAAGAGCAAUAUGUGUUGUUAUAUAUAUAUAUCCUGAAUGUUCACAAGGAGAAGCAGGCUCUUAACAUUACAUGCCAGUAACAGCUACCACCACAACAUAUGUUGUUAGGGAAACUUCACUUACGAAGUACACGUUGCACUGAUGCUGCAUUCUCAGGAUUUGUGCAUAAAAGUCCUUAAAACAGAAGUCGUUAUGAUUGAAAGAAAUUGUCAUUCCAUAAUGUGCCUUUUUUUAAGCAAAUAGGUAUUUCUCACAAUCUCUCCUUUCUAAGUUACUAACUGACUAACUUGUAAUGCCACUAUUGUAAUCAUGACAUAGUCUCCUAGUUGAAGAACUUGAAAUGUUUCUUAUGCAGAGUACUUGCCCAAAAGGGAAUUGUUCCACACAUAACUGUAAAUUCACUUUAACACAUAAGUGCCUUUUGCAGCUUUAGAAAUCUCUAACAGGUAGCUCAGCUAAUGUAGUCUGUCAAUAUUAAUAAUGAGGACCACUCCUAUUUUGAACAUUUUGAUCUCUUUCAAACCAUCAGUGUGUGAUACCCUCUGUUUAAAACUUUAAGUCUUAAUAAUGUUGCCCUUUUUCUGAAGUACAAGUUUUUAUUUUAACCAGGCAUUCCUUGUGGAAACCAAGUCUGUACAUGAAGGCCUGUUCUUACAUUUUCCAUUUGAUUUAACAGCUGAUAAUCAUUUUUCACAAAAUUCAAGGUUGAUCUGUAGCUGAGCUUUGUCUUAAGAAUAUUUCACCAUGUUAAAAGUUGGUGAAACGCUAACUUUGCCUUGUGAUGUACUGUAGAAUUAUUGUUGCUACUGUGUGAAUUUCUGAACACUUGAAUAUGUUUUAAAGCACACCUCCUUUUCAUAGACAACAUACAACUGCUUCGAAGUAUUUAUUGCAAAUCACAAUAAACCUCUGAUACUAGG